UGGUCAGAUCGACACUCUCCCAGAGCAAACAUCGUAAAUAUCUGACCGGGUCGGGAAACUGCGGUGGGUAUAAAAAUGCAGAGGUACACAUUUCAGCUAUCAGUCGGUAAUCGGAUUUCGGAUAUGAUGGAUGCGUCAAAGGAAAACAAACAGGUGAACGGUGAAAAAGAUACCCCGGUAAAAAAGCCCCAGGUCAACGGAAUCUCGGACCCCUCUGACAUUAAAAAAGACCAUGUCCGAAAUAUUGCGGAAAGAAUUGAACAGAAUAUAAAGGAACUUGAUAAGCAGAGCUUGGCGGAUAGAAAACCGCUUUACUCUGCGGAGGAAGAAAAGAAACUCUUGGACAGAUAUAUAAAUUUUCCCAAAGAGAAAAAAGAUGUGUAUUAUAGAUUCUUUAAAAGUGCAGACACAUACAAUUUAGGAUUUUUGACAAUUUAUCAGUUUGCAGAAGCAGUGCGGAAACGUGGAUUCAAUGGGAAAGAUUCAGAAAUUGCGACGAUGUUUGUGGACCUUGAUUCUAACAUGGACUGUGAGGUGACUCUAGAGGAAUACAUGGACGAAAUGUCAAAGAAAGACGCCAAGGCCAGAACGGAGGCUGAGAUGCUAGAAAUCUUUAGAAAAUUCGACAGAAACAAAGAUGGCUUCAUCACGCGGGAAGAAUUGCAGACGACACUUGAAGAGUGCAGAAUGAGACAGUUAGAAAUUGACAUGGACGAAAUAAUGAAGAAAGCUGACCGCGAUGGCGACGGGAAAUUGUCAUAUGACGAUUUCAUGAAAGCUUGCCGCUUUAAACCGAAAUAGGCAAAGUUCAAAUAGAGUAUGAGAUUUAGAUCUGAGCAAUUUUUCUUGUAACCAGAGCUAUACUGGAAAACUGUCAAAAUAUAUCGAUUGCAGGAACAAUAGAAGACAAUUUGUAGAUAUGAAUCGUAUUCUACGCAAUGGGGGAAAUAUCAAUGAUGCAGUUAUAUAUGAAUAUAUACAAAAAUCAGACAAUGAUAUUCUUGCAUAUUGAUUAUCUCUGGUAUAUUAGUUUUCAAAUAUACACAUAUGCACAGAAAUACAACUGACAGCGAAAUAAUGUCAUUUAUGAUUAAUUUGUCAAUUGAGCUGAAAUCUUGUUGCUUGCCAAAUGUUUUGAAUGGUACUGUAUAUUGAUAUUAUGUACUGAUACAGAAGAUGCAUUUACCAAAGUAUAUUUACUACUAAUAAAAGUAUACCGGUCACGUA